UGUUCCUGCAGGCUGUGAUGUCAUCAGACGUGGCUCUCGUGUGUACAGAACGUUUAGGCUCGGGCAGUGUUGUGAAGUAUAUACAGAGGAUGAUGGGAUGUUACUGUGUAAGCGCCCCCGCUCCACUGACUCCUAUCGCCCCCUCCAGGGACUUCUUCACGAGUCUCUUCCUCCCUCAUGGUUUUCCAGACAGUGUCAGUGAAGAUUACUUGGAGUAUCAGCUGUGGGACACCCUGCAAGCAUUCUCCAGCAGUGUGACAGGGUCCCUGGCCACUCAUGCUCUUCUGCGAGGAUCGGGUGGUGACAGCUCCGCCUCUGUGACAGCCGCCACCAUUACAUGGAUCCUUCGAGAUGGCACUGGGAUGGUGGGACGCAUUCUCUUCGCCUGGAUGAAGGGGAGCCGCCUGGACUGUGAUGCCAAGCGAUGGAGGCUCUUUGCUGACGUGUUGAAUGACCUGGCCAUAUUCAUGGAGAUCUUGGCUCCUCUCUUCCCAUCAUGCUUCACUGUGACGGUGUGCACCGCGGGAGUAUUUAAGUGCAUUGUGGGAGUGGCAGGAGGGGCGACACGUGCUGCGCUCACGGUCCACCAGGCCAGGAGAGACAACAUGGCUGAUGUGUGCGCCAAGGAUGGCAGCCAGGAGACACUGGUGAAUCUGGCCGGACUCCUGCUCAGUCUUCUGCUUGUGCCCAUGGUGUCUGACAGCGUCUGGGGCACUUACCUCCUUUUCCUCGUCCUGACGGGGCUGCACCUUUAUGCGAAUUACCGUGCAGUGGGUUCUGUUGUCAUGGAGACGCUCAACCAGUCCCGACUCACCAUAGUCCUGGAGCAUUUUAUGCAGGAGGGUCACAUCCUGAGCCCUGCGGAGGCCAACCCCCAGGAGCCGCUCUUACCAGGUCUCGGCUCCCAAGUCUCUGUUGAUGUUGGAGUCCCCCUGAGUGCUCUCGUCUCCAGGGUCUCUGAGCUUGAACUUCUAAAAAAAGGGAAUGAUUCUAUGUACCUCCUGGGAUGGAGGAGAGACUCAGGCCGUCUUGCGGUUGUGUUACACGAUCGGGCUGGCAGUGAUGACAUCAUCAGGUCUGUGGUGCACGCGGAGAUCCUUCACAGGAAAACUUUGUUCUCAGAUCCGGCGCGGUACCAUAUUCUGGCAGAGACACACGGAGAGGUCGCCCGCAUCUUCCCCGACUUCUGUCACGGUCUGAGUGCAUCAGGAUGGGUGACUGAUCGAAAUCUUCUGGACUCCGAUGACUGGAGGGCCAAUUGGGACAUAAAUAAAGGACUAUGAUGACAGA